GUUGAUCGGUCUGUGCUGGUGAUGCCACGUUACGCGCAUCGAGCGGACCUUGUCUGGAAUGAUGCUACAUCCAUGGAUGACAAGUUGAGGUGUAAUGUAUAUUGUUCAAUGGUGUACAAAGACGGCCCGCGUCACCCAGGAGUGGUAGCGUUGCUGAAGGCCUCCGGCUUUUACGGCGUCGACUGCAUCGGAAGGUUGCAGUUAGACUGGUCGCUUAUUACAGCGUUGGUUGAGCGAUGGAGACCAGAGACACACGCUUUUCAUUUGCCUUUUGGUGAGGUGGGCAUCACCUUACAGGACGUAGAAGUGUUGUUGGGGUUGCCCAUCGACGGAGAACCACUGUCCGGACCUAGGACAAACUCGAAAGCACUUUGGAUGCAAAUGUGCACGGACUUCGCCGGUUUCACGCCAAACAACAACGACUUAAACACAUCUGUAAUAAGAAUGAAUGCCCUACAGCGUUGGCCGGUACAUCAGCACAGCACAAAUGAGGAACUCAUCACAUACACGAGGGUGCUCAUUUGGCAACUACUAGGUGGGUUAUUGUUCCCCUCCACUACCGGGAACAAAAUAAAAUUGUACUUUUUAGAGUUGUUGCAGGGACCGCUCGGUGAAGCACGGCGGUGGAGUUGGGGCUCAGCAGUAUUGGGGUUCCUGUAUUACAACAUGUGCAAGGCCGCCAAAGCGAACAGGAGAAAUAUUGGGGGAUGCUUGCUUCUAUUGCAUAUUUGGGCGUGGGAGAGAUUGCCCAUGGUGCGGCCGCGAAACGUUUUGCCAUAUGAGAAUCUACAGGAUAUGCCCUAUGGGUGCAGGUGGGCAUGUCGGCACAAUUGGGAACAAAGUUCUCGGUAUACUCUACGUAUUUAUCGAGAUCAGUUGGACGGGAUCCGAGAGAACGAGGUUAUAAUUAACAAUAUCAUUUUAGUUUAAUAGAAAAUAAAUAUGUUUUUGAAUUAACUUCAAAUAAUAUUGAUCCAGUUCGUGUGGCGCCCAUACGCAUUACAAGCCCUCCCCAGGUUCUGCGUCGCGGGAGUAGAUUUGUGGACAUCUAAUGUCAUGCUUAUAUAUUGUGACAUUUCUGAGAUGUACUACCCUGGUAGAUUUUGUCGUCAAUUCGGUGCAAUGCAACAUAUUCCUCCCGCAGCGGAAUCACAAGCUAGCCACCAUGCAAGUGGUGCAAAAAAAUCUGGAUGGCCAUUGACACUAUGGGCGGUGAGGCACAAUCGUCGUAUCGCAUUUGAGUUUGUUGAUCAUCCCACCUACACUCCUGUGUACCGUGAAUGGUACGCAAAUGUCGGGAAACGACGGAUUUGCAAUCCGUUACAUGGUCGACCUACAACGGGUUAUGUAACUACUAACAGGGAGACAAGUACACUAGUAAGUAUUUUAUGUGUAAUUAUUCAACUUAGAAAUGUUUAUUAUUAUUUAAUAACUUUACUUUUGAAUUUUAGAUGCAAUGUAUGGGCGAUAUCUAUCGGCGCAUGACAGCUCCAUUUGACGUCGAAGACAUUCGCGAGCAAAUUGCACGAUGUCUUACAGGAUUAGGUGUCGAGAAUGUGCUUCAUCAAGACGUCAUUUUCUAUGGGGAUGCCCAUGAUGAUGCAGUGGAUGAUCAUCCUCCACUUCGGCAAGACCGUAGAAGAGUCGCGGCCACUAGAGGUCGGCGUUACGGACGCGGUUAUGUUGCUCCACACGUCGACAAUGAUGAUGGUGAUGAUGAUAAUCACGAUGAUGAUAAUGAUGAUGAGGAGGAGGGGGAAGAGGAUGACGAAGAUGGUGGUGAAGAAGAAGGACAACCAUCUUCACAUAUUCAUUCACACAUCCCUUCCUCAUCUCAUGUACCUAAUCAAUACUCUACACCGACUAGUGCAUACAUUCCGACGUUUGAUGUGCCAUCGUUUAUUCCACAUGUACAACCUACAUAUGAGACACGUCCCACCUUUUUAAAUUCACCAAUUGAUUGGUUGAACAACUUAUUAGGAUCAGAUGUACAGAGUGGGAUGGGGCAAGAAGCAGGGCCAAGCACACAACCGC